AUGCCCGGGCCCCGUGGGGCUGCUGGCGGCCUGGCCCCUGAGAUGCGCGGGGCGGGGGCGGCGGGGCCCGAGGGGGGGCCGGCGGGCGAGAGGGGCGCUGGCGGGGGCGGGGCGCUGGCCCGCGAGCGCUUCAAGGUGGUCUUUGCGCCGGUGAUCUGCAAGCGGACCUGUCUCAAGGGCCAGUGUCGGGACAGUUGUCAGAAGGGCUCCAACAUGACGCUCAUCGGAGAGAACGGCCACAGCACCGACACGCUCACGGGCUCCGGCUUCCGCGUGGUGGUGUGCCCCCUGCCCUGUAUGAACGGCGGCCAGUGCUCCUCGCGAAACCAGUGCCUGUGUCCCCCGGACUUCACGGGUCGCUUCUGCCAGGUGCCGGCUGGAGGAGCUGGCGGAGGCGCUGGCGGCUCAGGCCCUGGGCUUGGCCGGGCCGGCGCCAUGUCCACGGGCGCGCUGCCGCCCCUGGCUCCAGAGGGCGAGUCUGUGGCCAGCAAGCACGCCAUGUACGCGGUCCAGGUGAUCGCCGAUCCGCCAGGGCCCGGCGAGGGGCCCCCUGCCCAGCAUGCGACCUUCCUGGUGCCCCUCGGGCCAGGACAGAUCUCAGCGGAAGUGCAGGCCCCGCCCCCCGUGGUGAACGUGCGAGUCCACCACCCGCCCGAGGCCUCGGUCCAAGUGCACCGCAUCGAAGGGCCCAACGCCGAGGGCCCGGCCCCCUCCCAGCACCUGCUGCCGCACCCCAAGCCCCCGCAUCCCCGGCCACCCACCCAGAAGCCCCUGGGCCGCUGCUUCCAGGACACGCUGCCCAAGCAGCCCUGUGGCAGCAACCCCCUCCCGGGCCUCACCAAGCAGGAAGACUGCUGCGGGAGCAUCGGCACCGCUUGGGGCCAGAGCAAGUGCCACAAGUGCCCCCAGCUGCAGUACACAGGGGUGCAGAAGCCAGGGCCUGUACGUGGGGAGGUGGGCGCUGACUGCCCCCAGGGCUACAAGAGGCUCAACAGCACGCACUGCCAGGACAUCAACGAGUGCGCGAUGCCAGGCAUGUGUCGCCAUGGUGACUGCCUCAACAACCCUGGCUCCUAUCGCUGUGUCUGCCCACCUGGCCAUAGCUUGGGCCCCUCCCGCACACAGUGCAUUGCGGACAAGCCAGAGGAGAAGAGCCUGUGUUUCCGCCUGGUGAGCCCUGAACACCAGUGCCAGCACCCCCUGACCACACGUCUCACCCGCCAACUCUGCUGCUGCAGCGUCGGCAAGGCCUGGGGUGCCAGGUGCCAGCGCUGCCCGGCUGAUGGCACUGCUGCCUUCAAGGAGAUCUGCCCAGCUGGGAAGGGGUACCACAUCCUCACCUCCCACCAGACGCUCACCAUUCAGGGCGAAAGUGACUUUUCCCUUUUCCUGCACCCCGAUGGGCCACCCAAGCCCCAGCAGCUGCCCGAGAGCCCCAGCCGGGCACCACCACCUGAGGACACAGAGGAAGAGAGAGGGGUGAGCACAGACUCACCAGUGAUUGAAGAGCAGUCAGCGCAGCAGAGCCACCCGACUGUCACCGUAUCUCCUGCCCGGCCCUACCCGGAGCUGAUCUCCUGGCCCCCGCCGCCCCAGUUCCUGCCCGACUUGCCCCCGUCCCGCAGUGCGGUGGAAAUCGCCCCUACUCAAGUCACAGAGACGGACGAGUGCCGACUGAACCAGAACAUCUGUGGCCACGGAGAGUGCGUCCCGGGACCCUCGGACUAUUCCUGCCAUUGCAAUCCCGGCUACCGGUCGCAUCCGCAGCACCGCUACUGCGUGGACGUGAACGAGUGCGAGGCAGAGCCGUGCGGCGCCGGGCGGGGCAUCUGCAUGAACACCGGAGGUUCCUACAACUGCCACUGCAACCGCGGCUACCGCCUGCACGUCGGCGCCGGGGGGCGCUCGUGUGUGGACCUGAACGAGUGCGCCAAGCCCCACCUGUGCGGCGACGGCGGCUUCUGCAUCAACUUUCCGGGACACUACAAGUGCAACUGCUACCCCGGCUACCGGCUCAAAGCCUCCCGACCUCCCGUGUGCGAAGACAUCGACGAGUGCCGCGACCCUAGCACCUGCCCGGAGAGCAAAUGCGAGAACAAACCUGGGAGCUUCAAGUGCAUUGCCUGUCUGCCCGGCUACCGCAGCCAGGGGGGCGGGGCCUGCCGCGAUGUGAACGAGUGCGCCGAGGGCAACCCCUGCUCUCCAGGCUGGUGCGAGAACCUUCCGGGUUCCUUCCGCUGCACGUGCGCCCAAGGCUAUGCGCCGGCGCCCGACGGCCGCAGUUGCCUGGAUGUGGACGAGUGUGAGGCUGGGGACGUGUGCGACAACGGCAUCUGUGCCAACACACCAGGCUCCUUCCAGUGUCAGUGCCUCUCUGGCUACCAUCUGUCAAGGGACCGGAGCCGCUGCGAGGACAUCAAUGAGUGUGACUUCCCUGCAGCCUGCAUUGGGGGUGAUUGCAUCAACACCAAUGGCUCCUAUCGAUGUCUCUGUCCCCAGGGGCAUCGGCUGGUAGGCGGCCGGAAAUGCCAAGACAUAGAUGAGUGCAGCCAGGACCCAGGCCUGUGCCUUCCCCAUGGGGUCUGCGAGAACCUGCAGGGCUCCUACGUUUGCAUCUGUGAUGAGGGCUUCACACCCACCCAGGACCAACACGGCUGUGAGGAGGUGGAGCAGCCCCACCACAAGAAGGAGUGCUACCUUAACUUCGAUGACACCGUGUUCUGUGACAGUGUUCUGGCCACCAAUGUCACCCAGCAGGAGUGCUGCUGCUCGCUGGGGGCUGGCUGGGGAGACCAUUGUGAGAUCUAUCCCUGCCCCGUCUACAGCUCAGCUGAGUUCCACAGCCUCUGCCCAGACGGGAAGGGCUAUACCCAGGACAACAACAUUGUCAACUAUGGCAUCCCAGCCCACCGUGACAUCGAUGAAUGCAUAUUGUUUGGGGCGGAGAUCUGCAAGGAGGGCAAGUGCGUGAACACGCAGCCCGGCUAUGAGUGCUAUUGCCAGCACGGCUUCUACUACGACUCGAACCUGCUGGAAUGCGUGGACGUGGACGAGUGUUUGGACGAGUCUAAUUGCCGGAACGGAGUGUGUGAGAACACGCGCGGUGGCUACCGCUGUGCCUGCACUCCCCCGGCCGAGUACAGCCCGGUGCAGCGCCAAUGUCUGAGCCCAGAAGAGAUGGACGUGGACGAGUGCCAGGACCCCACAGCCUGCCGCCCUGGCCGCUGCGUCAACCUGCCCGGCUCCUACCGCUGCGAGUGCCGCCUGCCCUGGGUACCCGGACCCUCAGGCCGCGACUGCCAGCGCCCCGAGAGCCCGGCCGAGCGUGCCCCGGAGCGGCGGGACGUGUGUUGGGGCCAGCGCGGAGACGACGGCAUGUGUGCAGGCCCCCUGGCCGGACCCGCCCUCACCUUCGAUGACUGCUGCUGUCGCCAGGGCCGAGGCUGGGGAGCCCAGUGCCGUCCGUGCCCGCCGCGCGGCGCUGGGUCCCAGUGCCCGACGUCGCAGAGUGAAAGUAAUUCUUUCUGGGACACGAGUCCCCUGCUGCUGGGGAAGCCCGCCAGAGAAGAGGACAGCUCAGAGGAGGAUUCGGACGAGUGUCGCUGCGUGAGCGGCCGCUGUGUGCCGCGGCCGGGCGGCGCAGUGUGCGAGUGCCCCGGCGGCUUCCAGCUGGACGCAUCCCGCGCGCGCUGCAUCGACAUCGAUGAGUGCCGAGAGCUGAACCAGCGCGGGUUACUAUGCAAGACCGAGCGCUGCGUGAACACGAGCGGUUCCUACCGCUGCGUCUGCAAAGCUGGCUUCGCGCGCAGCCGCACGCAUGGAGCCUGCGUGCCCCAGCGCCGCCGCUGACACCACCCUCCGCCUGGACCUUCGCAAUCACCGAGGGGUUUCCGCCCAACACUUGGGGCGAGCUCGGCUUCUCGCUGUUGCCCCGACUCGGGGCUCGGACCCAGGGACCCUUCGGGCCCGUAGACCCCUUCCCCGCGCCCGAUGUUCCAAGGGCGCCCCUGCCGGUUCCGCCUGGCUCACAGGCAGAUGUUGGGUGUCUCUGGCGCUGCCGGCCUUCCUUCCAGAGGGCAUUUCCCAGAAACUGAUAAAUCAGAUCGUUUCUCUUUACUCUUGGUUUUCGAAGUAAAUUGAUGUUCAUGUCCAUGA